AUGGAUGAACAUGGAUGGACGGAUGAAGAAAUGGCAGCCUUUGCAGCUACACUUGCUGCAGCAACUACAACAAUUGCUGUCGGCGAAUAUUGCAAUAAUAUUUUAUUUAAAUCACCCUCCAGAUUCGGAGACCUUGAAAGAAGGAAGCUAAUAAAUAGCAUUAUUAGAGCGGGUGACAAUGAGUGUGUAGCACAACUCCGCAUGAACAAAGCUACAUUUUUUAACCUAUGCUCGUUUUUUAGGGAUAGAAAUUUACUUCUUAAUGGGAAACAUGUAUCUUUGGAGGAACAACUUGUCAUGUUCCUUCACAUGGUUGAACAUAAUGUUAGGAACCGUGUCAUUGGGCAUCGGUUUAUAAGAUCUGGAGAAACGGUGAGCCGCUAUUUUAGUAAAGCGGUGGAUGCUAUUGUCGGAUUGUAUCCGGAGUUCGUGAAACUCCCAAGUGCGGAUACACCAGUCGAGAUCCUAGCCAAUUCUAACUGGAGUGAUUACUUUCAGGACUGCAUUGGUGCAAUUGAUGGGACUCAUAUACUGGCCUACGUACCGGUACUGGAAAGUGCAACCUACCGUAACAAGAAAGGGGUACUUUCUCAGAACGUGUUGGGUGCAUGUACAUUUGACAUAAAGUUCGUAUACGUGCUCGCCGGAUGGGAGGGAUCAGCUUCUGAUGCACGCGUCUUACAAAGUGCUUUGACACAUUCCAUUGAUCGGUUAACUUUGCCUGAGGGUAAGUAUUACGUAGUUGAUGCUGGUUACGCUCAUUCAUCGGGAUUCACGGCUCCUUUCCGAGGUGUACGGUACCACCUCAAUGAGUACCGCACAGGCUGCAAUCCUUCCAACAAGAAAAAACUAUUCAACUAUCGCGGUGAUGGGUUGGUAGAAGAUGAAAUCACAUCUACAGAUGUUGCUGAGAGUAUAGAUUUGUCUCCAUGCGAUAUAAACGUGACACAACGGGAGAAUGACGAAUGGGCGACAUAUCGAGACAACAUUGCUACUAAGAUGUGGAACGAAUCUCAUCCUCUAUUGUAA